AAAACGAACGAGCAGAGUCGCGCCGUUGCCUGUAUCGCGAUCGCAACGUCGCAUGCGUAGGCAUAUCAGUAAUAUCAGUAUCAGUUUUUCGGUACACGGUUACACGCAGGUGCAUAACGCGUCGAUUGUUCACAGCGGUGACGAUUAUCGGGCGUAAAGGUGCGAACACUUCGCGGAGUACCGUCGCGGGUCAUCGUGAUUGCGAAAAAUGCGACAGCCGGGCGUAUGAGCGAACCCCUAGGUGAAUAAUAAGUUGUGCCACAGUCCUUGAAACGUGCAAGAGCAAAAUAGUCAUGGAAUCAUCAGAUAGUAGAAAGAACGUAUAUCUUACAAAAACCGGUGACAAUUCUUUGAACUCUGGAAUGAGAGAGACUAUGAUUGUCGGCCAGGCUAAUAUGGUACCAGAGUGUGGUGCAGAAGGUGUGAUGAAACCCACCAAUGUAUCCAACGUUUCUACUAAUCAGACAAAGUGGACUAAUGGCGGCUCUAAAAAUUAUAUCACAAUACCGGUGAAGAACGAGGUCGUACAUCUCGAAGAUGGUAAUGCUCAUUGCAACAACAAGAAAAUGUAUUAUUACGAUAGACACUACACUGGACAUGAGGAACCAGAGAGACCACGCAGAGGAACAAAGAGAUACAGAGAUAAGGACGCACCAAAACGGGCACUAUCUGCAUUUUUCUACUUCUGCCAAGAACUACGUGGCAAGAUGAGAGAAUUGCACCCCGAGAUGGGAGUAGGUGACAUUGCAAAGGAAUUAGGAAAAUUGUGGAUGAGUACGGAUUUACAGACAAAAUCCAAAUAUAUGGCCAUCGCGGAAGAAGACAGAGCUCGAUACGAAAGAGAAAUCAUCGCGUACAACAAGAGAGUUAAAAAUUAUGAUCCAGAAGAAGUUGGGACCGUAUAA